AAGUAACGUCAGAGGAAGAGGAAGUGAAGCGACUGGUGACCCACGUGGAUUGCACACAAGUUUCUGAGUCUCUGAGAGCCGCGCCUGUAAGUCGUUCCCGGGUCCCCGUUUAGACAGCAUGGGUCGCUCGGGAAAGUUGCCCUCCGGUGCCUCGGCUAAGUUAAAGCGCUGGAAGAAAGGCCACAGCAGCGACAGCAACCCCACCAUCUACCGCCACCGCCAGGCCGCGCGCAGCCGCUUCUUCAGCCGGCCGUCAGGAAAGAGCGACCUGACUGCUGACGCUGUGAGGUUGCACAAUGAGCUGCAGUCGGGGUCCCUGCACCUUGGCAAAAGCGCAGCCCUCGAGAUUGCUGCGGGAGAAGGCGAGGAGCUGGCGUUCACAGAGAAGUCCUCGGGCACCUUCCUGAGCGGCCUCUCUGACUGCACAAAUGUCACCUUCAGCAAAGUGCAGCGCUUCUGGGAGUCCAACUCGGCUGCCCACAAGGAGAUCUGUGCAGUUCUGGCUGCUGUCACUGAGGUGAUUCGCUCCCAAGGAGGAAAGGAGACCGAGACAGAAUACUUUGCUGCUCUGAUGACAACAAUGGAGGCUGUGGAGUCCUCAGAGUCCCUGGCUGCUGUUGCUUACCUACUGAACCUUGUCCUGAAGCGUGUGCCCAGUCCUGUGCUCAUUAAGAAGUUCUCUGAUACCUCCAAAGCCUUCAUGGACAUCAUGUCUGCUCAGGCCAGCAGCGGUUCCACCUCUGCCCUCCGAUGGGUCCUCUCCUGCAUGGCCACUCUUCUUCGGAAGCAAGACCUGGAGGCCUGGGGUUACCCUGUGACCCUUCAGGUGUACCAUGGGCUACUGAGCUUCACCGUGCAUGCCAAGCCCAAGGUCCGGAAGGCUGCCCAGCAUGGAGUGUGCUCAGUGCUUAAGGGCAGUGAAUUCAUGUUUGGUGAGAAGGCCCCUACCCAUCAUCCUGCUGCUGUUUCCACUGCCAAGUUCUGUAUCCAGGAGAUUGAGAAGUCUGGAGGCACCAAGGAGGCCACCACCACACUACACAUGCUGAUGCUGCUGAAAGAUGUGCUACCCUGCUUCCCAGAAGGCCUGGUGAAGACCUGCAGUGAGACGCUCCUCCGGGUCAUGACCUUGAGUCAUGUGCUGGUGACAGCUUGUGCCAUGCAGGCCUUCCACAGCCUCUUCCAUGCCAAGCCCAGUCCAGGUACCCUGUCGGCAGAGCUCAACGCCCAGAUCAUCACGGCCCUAUAUGACUACCUUCCCAGCGAGAAUGACUUGCAACCGCUGCUGGCUUGGCUUAAGGUCAUGGAGAAAGCCCACAUCAACUUGGUCCGGUUGCAGCGGGACCUGGGCCUGGGCCAUCUUGCUCGCUUUUUUGGAACUGCAAUGCCUUGUCUCCUCUCCCCUCACUCACAGGUGGUGACAGCCACCACACAGAGCCUGAAGGAGAUCCUGAAGGAGUGUGUGACUCUGCACAUGGCUGACAUUGGCUCAGUGACCUCUUCAGCUUCAGGUCCUGCCCGAUAUAUUGCCAAGAUGUUCAGGGCGGUGGAGGAAGGCCUGACGUACAAAUUCCAUGCAGCUUGGAGCUCUGUGCUGCAGCUACUGUCUGUCUUCUUUGAGGUGUGUGGAAGGCAGGCCCAUCCUGUGAUGAAGAAGUGCCUCCAGUCCCUGUGUGACCUGCGUCUCUCCCCUCACUUCCCCCACACGGCAGCCCUUGACCAGGCAGUGGGGGCUGCAGUGACCAGCAUGGGACCCGAGGUGGUGUUACAGGCUGUUCCUUUAGAAAUUAAUGGCUCUGAGCAGACAAUGGAUUUCCCACGGAGCUGGCUGCUGCCUGUCAUCAGGGACCAUGUCCGGGAAACGAGACUCAGUUUCUUUACCACUUACUUCUUACCCCUGGCUACCACCCUGAAGAGCAAAGCCAUGGAGCUGGCCCAGGCAGGCAGCACUGUGGAGUCCAAGAUCUACGACACACUGCAGUGGCAGGUCUGGACCCUCUUGCCUGGGUUCUGCACAAGGCCCACAGAUGUGGCUGCCUCCUUCAAAGGUCUGGCGCGGACACUGGGCACAGCCAUCAGUGAACGCCCAGACCUGAGAGUCACUGUGUGCCAGGCCCUGCGCACCCUGAUCACCAAGGGCUGUGAGGCAGAGGCUGAUCGGGCUGAAGUGAGCCGCUUUGCCAAGAACUUCCUGCCAAUCCUUUUCAACUUGUAUGGGCAGCCUGUUGCAACUGGGGACACACCAGCCCCUCGCCGGGCCGUGCUGGAGACUAUCAAAACUUACCUCACCAUAACCGAGACUCAGUUGGUGAAUGGUUUCCUGGAAAAAGCCAGUGAGAAGGUACUUGACCCUGCCAGUUCAGACUUCACCAGAUUGUCUGUUCUGGACCUGGUUGUGGCCUUGGCUCCUCAUGCAGAUGAAGCCGCCAUCAGCAAACUGUACUCCACCAUCCAGCCCUACCUGGAGAGUAAGGUCCAUGGGGUACAGAAGAAGGCCUAUCGCAUCCUGGAGGAGGUGUGUGCCAGCUCCCAGGGCCCUGCGGCCCGCUUCGUGGUGAGUCACCUGGAUGACUUGAAGAAGACCCUGCUGGACUCACUCCGGAGCACAUCCUCGCCCGCCAAGAGGCCCCGUUUGAAGUGCCUCAUACAUGUUGUGAAGAGCCUCUCAGCUGAGCACGAGGAGUUCAUCUCUGCUCUCAUCCCAGAGGUAAUCCUGUGCACCAAGGAGGUGUCUGUGGGUGCUCGGAAGAACGCUUUUGCCCUGUUGGUGGAGAUGGGCCGUGCUUUUCUGCGGUUUGGCUCUAACCAGGAAGAAGCCCUGCAGCGGUACCUCAUCCUGAUCUACCCCGGCCUUGUGGGCCCGGUAACCACAGUCAGUUGCAGCAUCCUGGCCCUGACCCACCUCCUUUUUGAGUUUAAAGGGCUGAUGGGGACCAGCACAGUGGAACAGCUGCUGGAGAAUGUGUGCCUGCUGCUGGCCUCACGCACCCGUGAUGUGGUCAAAUCUGCACUGGGCUUCAUCAAGGUGGCCGUGGUGGUCAUGGAUGUGGUGCACCUGGCCAAGCAUGUGCAGCUCGUGAUGGAAGCCAUUGGGAAACUGUCAGAUGACAUGCGGCGGCACUUCCGCAUGAAGCUUCGGAACCUGUUCAUCAAGUUCAUCCGCAAGUUUGGGUUUGAGUUGGUGAAGGGGCUGCUGCCUGAGGAGUACCACAAAGUCCUGGUCAACAUCCGGAAAGCUGAGACCAGGGCCAAGAAGCACCGUGCCCUGAACCAGGCUGCUGCAGAGGAGGAAGAAGAGGAGGAGCCUAUUCACAGCAAAGGAGACAGCAUUGAAGAGAUUUUGGCUGACUCAGAGGAUGACGAAGACAAUGAAGAGGAGGAUCGAGGCCAUGGAAGGGAGCAGCGGAAGCUGGCACGAGAGAGGAGCCGGGCAUGGCUCAAGGAAGGUGGUGGGGAUGAGCCCCUCAACUUCCUGGAUCCCAAGGUGGCCCAGAGAGUCCUUGCCACACAGCCAGGGUCAGGCCGGGAGAAGAAGAAGGACCACGGCUUUAAGGUGAGCGCUGAUGGCCGGCUGAUCAUACGGGAGGAGGAAGAUGGUGACAGGGCGGAGGAAGAGUAUGGCACUAAAGGUGAGGAUGAAGACAUGGCUGACCUGAUGGAAGAUGUGAGCAUCAGAAGUAAGAAGAAGCGUAGGCAGCAGAAAGAGGCUGAGGAGGAAGAGCUGGAAGUACCCCCUCAGUACCAAGCUGGAGGCUCCGGCAUCCAUCGUCCAGUGGCCAACAAGGCCAUACCUGGGGCCGAAUACAAGGCCAAGAAAGCAAAGGGUGAUAUGAAAAAGAAGGGUCGGCUUGAUCCCUAUGCCUACAUCCCUCUCAACAGAACCAAGCUUAACCGCAGGAAGAAGGUGAAACUUCAGGGACAGUUCAAAGGUCUGGUGAAAGCUACCCAACGGGGGUCCCAGGUGGGACACAAACUCCGCAGAAAGGAUCGCCGCUCUUGAAGCCCAGGGUCUCUGGGCUACUCUGUGGUCUAAGCUGAGGCUAGUGCCAAGUACUCCACAUGGGCAGAGCCUGGACUCAGUGACUUGUUGGAACUGGAACUUGCCUCUCAGAGAGAUGCCCAGGAUUUUAGAAGCUCCAAGGGGGACAUCCUUCUAAAGACAUCCCUGGGGAUGAGACUGUGGCCUUACUGCCUCCGAGUAGGCCCCGUAAGGUGAAUGUGCUUUCUGCCCAGUGGCCAUGAGCAGCUGACCAUGGCUGUGUGCCACUCUCAACCGGGCUGUGGUCUGGUGUGUGAGAUUUGCUGUGAUGAGGUGUACAAUAAAUGUGUAUCACCGUGCAUUA